AAACAGACGCCGAUAAUCACAGUGGAAAUUCAAAAUAUUAAAUCCAAGUUCAGUUUUUGACAUUUUUUUGUUCGUAAAUUCGAAAAAAAAAACGUGUCAUCAUUUAAAAUGGGUAUCAAGGGAUUGGAAAAGUUCAUAAGAACUUCGAAUACAAACAUUUUUGAAGAAAUUGAUAUUCGGCGUGAAAUUGCGAAAUGGCGAAGUGGACAUAGAAGCAAUCCAACCAUAAUGAUCGAUGUCAAAGAAGUGGUGAAAUUUUCGUGCAAAAUCGAUGAAGGAGGUUUGGUAUUGGGUGGUCGAUACCAGAAAAUAUCCGAAAUUUUGGACUAUUUUUUUUGUGAGAUAAAGAAAGCCAACGCAGAUUUGGCUUUUUUCAUAAGACUUGACGAAGGAAGACACGAAGAUGUUGAUCAAUUCCAGCCAAUAUUUCCGGCGUACGACGGGAUUAUACGGAACAAAUCAUUGAAAUGUGAAGGAAGUGGGCGUAUGCAUAAGCAAAUGGACUGCACAAGCGAAUUGCGUCCGACGGAGCGAAUUUUAUACAAUUUCAUGCAUUCAAUUUGCUCGAAAUAUGGUCAAGUUUACAUUGAUUAUGGCUUACGUGUGCGCGGUAUCUUGGCAUUUGCCCGCGAAAAUCGAAAAAAUGUGAUGUGCCUUAUCACGAGAAACACCAGAUUCCUGGUAUUCGAACGUGAUUUUGAAUAUUGGAGCCUCUCCGAUGUUCAAUUCUGUGAAAUGAAAAUUGCAAAAUUUUCUCGUCAAAAACUGAAGGAAAUCAUCGAACUUAAUGUUGAACAAAUGCAAUUACUGCAUGCCAUAACUCAACUCGAAAUGGAUGUGUCGAAUCGAUUGAUUGGUGGCCAUGAUAAACGGAAUCGGUUCCACAAAAUUUGCGAUUACGUGAAGAAACAAGAAUAUAGACCAAAUGGAUACGAAUCAAGCCAAUUGACUGGCGAUUUGACAGAAGAACAACGAAAUUUGGUUGAAAAACGUUUGGCCAGUGCUAUGACGGCUAACAACUAUGCUGGCAAUUGGACUGACGACAUUCACGACGGAUUGAUUUUGGAUUUGGUGAAUAAUGACGAAUCGUUCAAUUUGGUGUUACAAUUUUGCAAGGCGAAUCUUUACUUUGCAUACAAAUUGAUGAACGAAAAGCUCACCAUUCAAAAAGACCUUUUAUUUAUCGACAUUCGUCGACCGGAUGCAUUGCCUUUCAUCGACUUGGUGAUAAGCGUGACAAUGAAGCUAUGUGGAAUCAUUUUCAAGGACGUUGAGCCAGACAAACAGCCGAAGACACGAGCUGUGAAAAUCAAGCGAAUUUUUGAAGAAGAAUCCGUUGAAUCCGAAGUAGAUAUCGAGUAUCCAACGCUGGCAUUGCCGAGCCUUCAAGAAUUGCUCAUUGCGGAACAGGACAAGUCAUUUGAUCAAUUUCGUUGGGCUCUUCUGCAAUGGUUGUUGGAUUUGAGCGAGGAGACGAUUUCAAAGAUCAAUGGCUCGAAGAAGCAAUUGCGAGUCGUUCUAUUGACAUUGAACUUCUUGCUAUCUCAUCAAAUCAUAUCACCACAUGAAGCUGAUGUUCUCCUAUUGACGGAAUUAGAUGGUCGCAGUAAAGGUAACGUGUAUGUGCCUAGAAAUUGCCCACCACCUCCGAUGCCAAAUACGCGUGUUUCGAAUUAUGUUGACGUAUCAUGGAUUCAAACGGCUCAUAAAUACACCAUAGCUUAUGAACUCGUCUGCCACUGCCUUGAAUUGAGCGGACUGCGCACGGAACCGGAUAACAUUGAAUUGGACGCGUGCAAGUUUCAUGAUAACAUCAAUCUGGUCGAAAAUGGAAACGACACCGAAAAAAUCGAACGUUUGAUGGCACAGAUAAAAGGCAUUCGCUUAUGGUAAACAUGUUCCAUGAAACAUGAUGCUUUUAAGAACUUGUGCUCAGUUUAAGCUAAAUCAUUCCAAUUUUCAACCAUAAAUUUUGAUCAAUACUUUAUAUAAUAAUUUUUUUUUCCGUAUUAUGUAACUACU